GCAAGUCGCUCGUCUCAGCCGCAAAUAUUGAAUUCAACGACACAAGAAAAGAGAGAGGGAGAGAGAGAGGGAGAAAAUGGGAAGGAAUUGCAAACUAGCAAAAAGACUAAAACUGAGAGCAGCGAAGUAGGAAAUGAUGCUGCAAAGUGUGGUGAUGAACAGAACGUAAAGAUGGAAGACGGAAAUGCUGUUGAAAAGAGUGACGGUGGUGCUGACUGUGGACACAUAUGGAAAGAAGAGAGCAAACAAUCUACAAAGAAAGUCGAAUUCAUGACUUUGAAAGUCAAAGGUCAGAGCUUCAUGAUUCACCAGAUUCGGAAGAUGGUGGGUCUCGUUAUCGCCAUAGUGAGAGGGUUUGCCCCUGAGACGACGCUCAUUGAGGCUUUUCAAAAGGGGAAGGUU